AUGCGUUUCGACAUCGCCCUCCUCUUCGGCCUCGGCCUCGCCACCGGCGCCGCCGCCCAGCACGUGCAGUUCGUGUCCUACGAGGCCAUGCAGCGCAACACGGUGCCGUGCAGCAAGCGCUCGCCCGGCCUGCCCGACAACUGCCUCAAGCCCGGCACGCCCCCCAACCUGUACACCCGCGGCUGCUCGGUCAUCACCCGCUGCGCGCGCGUCAACAACAACUAG